CAUAUAUAAUGUAGGAGAUGAUUGUUACAAAUUGAUUUUUGCACCUUAAUCCAUUGUGCAGCUUGAUUCAAAAUAAUAGAGGUAGAUGAGCCUGUGUUCCAAACCUAACAAAAAAAAAUGCCCUUUACGAAAUUAGCCUAGACAAGUUUUGAUUCCUAGAUCCGCCACUGGUGUAAGGCAUAUGUGGACCAAUUUCACAAAACUAUUUCCUGGAAAAGUUUUGAAGGAUCAAAUGUGGAAGUGUGCCAAGGAUACUACAAUGCCCUACUAUCUUAAAGACAUGGAAGAGAUGAAUGAUCUUAAUGAGGAUGCCUACAAAUGGAUGACACAUGAGGAUAGGCCUCCAAGACAUUGGUGUCGGCCAUUUUUCAACACAACCAGCAAUUGUGACAUCAUGGACAACAAUAUAUGUGAGAGUUUCAACGCAGUUAUCGUGGAUGCUAGAAAGAAGCCUCCCGUUACCAUGUUCGAAGAAAUAAGGUGGAAGCUUAUGAAAAGGAUUCAAAUGAGAAGGCAGAUAAUGGACAAGUAUGAGUACAAUAUUUGCCCCAAACCAAGAGACACUUUGGAUAAGAACAAGAUUAGAGCUGUAGAUUGUACUUUAACUUUCAAUGGUGGGGAUAGAUUUGAGGUUGAAACCAUUCAAGGAACCAAGAAUGUUGUCGACCUAAGGCUGAGAACAUGUAGCUGCAGGAGAUGGGAUUUGACUGGAAUCCCUUGCAAGCAUGCAGUUUCAGCCAUCUACUGGAAGAGGGAAUCCCCCGAGGAUUAUGUUGCCGAGUGUUAUUCGAAGAAGACAUACAUGGCUAUCUACAGCAAUUUCAUCUAUCCUAUUAACAGUACAGACAUGUGGUCAAGGUGUGAGGGGCCAACAAUCUUACCUCCUUCAUAUUCAAGAAUGCCUGGUAGGCCGAAGUCGACAAAAAGGAAAAAGGAUCAAUCUGAAAAGUUUAAGGAUGCAUCUGAAAAUACGGAUCCCUCAAAUGUGGCAUUUGUGCCGAAGAAACCAAAGCGACCUCCUAUGACUCUGAAUGAAAUGAGGGCAAAAGCAAGGAAGAAUGCCAAGAACCAAAGGGAAAAAUAUGUUGCUGCCAAAGCUACAAAGUUGGCAGCAACCAAGUCAUCCUCAUCCACAGUAAGGCCUUUACAAGUUGGAGGAAGACCAGUCCAAAGCGCAGCUGCCCCAACUUCACGGCUAACCCAAAACACAGUUGCCCCGACUUCAAGGCCAACACAAAGCUCAGCUGCCCUAAAUUCAAUGUCAAGGCAAAAUGCAUUUGCAUCUUCAACAAGAGCAUCUCAAAGAAUCAGAAAUAGGUCAGUUAAAGGAGAUUAG